AUGACUGGCGCCACUCCUAUUGAUAUUUCCUCUCGGCAGUCGGCCUCGGUGUCGCCGCCAGGUCAACAGGCAUCCAAUCUGACAUCGGCGUUGCAGAGAGCGGGCACUGGCGAGCGGACAGGUAGCUUUUCACAUCUUCCCGGAGGAGGACUCGGGGUAUUCAAGGCACCGCCGCCUCGUAAGGACUCGAUCGGCGCAGCCACGGCACAAUGGGGCAAUGGGACGAAACCCAUCUCCAUGUCGGGGUCUGCUCGCGACAAAGGCCGCCGUGAGUCGCUUGCAGGGAGCUUGGUGGGCGGUAUGAGCUGGGGUGGUGUAUCUGUUGGUAGUUGGAUACGCGAUGAUAUCAUAAUGACUGGCACUUCGCCAUUCACCUUCCAGUCGCCCUCUUUCCACUCCUCAUCGUAUCUCCCGAAAUUGGAAGCGAAUUUUAUGCGAGACUUUUCGUGCUGCGGUGUGACAUUACCGACGCUGCAUGACCUAUUACAACACUACGAAGAAGCCCAUGCGACAAAGUCGCCCAAUCAAGGGCACCGCCCGAGCCAGGGUGAAAAUCGAGCUGCCUUGGCGGCUGCCGCAAUCGCACAGCAACAUAACCAACAGCAUGGCAGCCAAGGGCGUGGCCUGCAGUCCGACCGGACCCUGGACAUGCAGCGGAAAUUGGGCCAGAACCCGUCGCCAUUACAGCACGCAGAUAUGGACACAAUUGAUGACAUGGAGUUAGACGAUGCCUUAGGCGACGGAGACGGUUCAGGCUCGCAGAUGUUCUCCUCUCAGCUGCAUGAGGGCGGACAGGGUGGGUUCGGCAACUCCAACCAGCCGCAGUUGAAUCUGGGCAUGCUUCCGAGCCAUCAAGGAUUCAGCACACCCUCGCAACCUGGUACACCGAUUGGGUCUGGACGGCCUCUUUCCCUGCAGAACAAUCCGACUGUCUCUUCCGUCAACACCCCAACAUUGAUGGCCAACCCGCUUCAAAACUCGCAAUUCCGAAAUACCCCCGAUUCGUCUGGACCAGGAACCCCGGCUGAAAUGGAUGAAAGCAUGAUGGGUGGAUUCGGUGAUCUCAGUAUGCAGAAUCACAAUAUGGGUCAGAACCAAAACCAGUUCGGCCGUUUCAAUGGGAACAACGACAUGGUCGAUCUCUGCAUCGACGAGCCCGCCAAGCGGCUAUUCAGCCCUAGUGGCGGCAUGGGUUCGCCCAAUGCCCACUUCAAACUCAGCGGAGCUCAAUACGGUCCCAAUAGUGAUAUUGCACGACGGAUACGCGAGCAGCAACUGCUGGCCGGUGUUCCUGACACCACCGUCAUUCUCCCCAACGAAGAGCCUAAGCCAUUCAGAUGCCCCGUUAUCGGCUGCGAGAAGGCAUACAAGAACCAGAAUGGACUCAAAUACCACAAAGCACACGGCCAUAAUAAUCAACAACUCCAUGACAAUGCCGACGGUACCUUCUCAAUCGUCAACCCCGAAACCUCCGCGCCAUACCCUGGCACGCUUGGCAUGGAGAAGGAGAAGCCCUACCGCUGUGAGGUGUGCGGCAAGCGCUACAAGAACUUGAACGGACUCAAGUACCACAAGUCGCACUCGCCACCCUGCAACCCAGACUUCCAACUUGGAGGCCGCAACCUCGCCCUCGGUGGUGGAGUCAUGCAGGGACAGAACAUCAACGUCGCUGGAGCUGGUCUCCCCGGAAUUGGCGAAGAAGGCCUUAUGUGA